AUGUAUGUAACUAGGCCUCUUUCUAUGUACAGAAGAAAUCCUUCAGCUCUUUCAUUACCUCCUCCUGAAGGUCCAAAUUCUGGUGUAUUGAUCAUUCAAGAUGAAGAAGCUGAACCUACUUGUUGUUUUGGCUUGUGUAAGAGCGAUGAAGUCGAAGAUCUGCCUUUCCCUCAGAACAAGAAUCUAAAAGUUCGCUACUCCACAAGCCGAGGUGCUGGACAGAACCAUCAUAGUGAUGUUUCCAUUAACCGAGUUAUCUUCAUUCCCGUUCUUAAUCAGCCACUGUCUUCCAACAGGUACCAUGUGAUCGAGCGACGCGGGAGGCAUAAAGGGGAAGCGCACACAAAUGCGACGGAGGAGGACGUGGCAACGUGCUGUUUUGGCUGCUGUAUACCAGAUAUGGAACCGGAGUCUUUCAACCCUGUGGACUUAAACCAGCAAUUUGAGAUUCGCAGGAGAAACUGGGGUGGUUAUGUUGCUAAAUCGGUUGCUACAGAUGGCUUCCCUCCAUAUUUCUUAAGGAGAAAGGGUUGGAGUGUGUUAACCUCAACUGCAGAUGAUUUUGUGUUGAAUGAAGCAGCAGGCCUUGAUAGAAAUCUCCGUGCCCGCCUUCCGGAUUUCCAUUUUCCAUUAUCACAAAGAAGUUCUGCACCUGUUGUUGUAGGGAAGUGGUAUUGUCCUUUCAUUUUUAUCAAGGAAGGAAGACUGAAGGAUCAGAUGAGUAUUUCAAGGUAUUAUGCAAUGACACUGGAACAAAGAUGGGAACAAAUUUUCACAAGUGAAAAUAGUUCUAGUGAAGGCAACUCUGUAGUUGUAGACGCUGUUGUUCAAAGAGAAGUGGUUGCUGUUUCUGGUAGAGAAGUUGCGCCUAACGAAAGGAAUGUGGUUGAUGGGGUUAUGUGGUUUAGGAGUCCAAGCAAUGCUGGAGGAGAAGCAAGCGUGGGUUUGAGAUUAGAAAUUGUGGAGAGAAUGAAGUGGGAGCAAGAAAGAGCUGGAUGGCUCGGUGGUAAUGAGAGUUACGCUACGGUGAAGAGGGUGGAGGAGUUCGGAGGGACUGGUGGCUGGAAGAAAUUUGGAUGCUAUGCGUUGGUUGAGAGGUUUGUAUUGAGGAGAAUGAAUGGAAGCUUGGUGCUAACUUAUGACUUCAAGCACACUCAUCAAAUUAGGAGCAAAUGGGAAUGA